AUGACUGCAAUUCAACUACCGGGGAGACAAAAUAGAUUCUCGCCCACGAAGACUAAGAAUGAGUUCAAAUCGUUCAUUACAGACAAUCUUAAGUUCCAAAAUAGACUUACUCGCCAACUACAGUUGAAACUAAAGAAAGAUCCAAAUUUACUGAAUAAUUUGAAUGACAUCGCGGAGCUCAGGAUUUGCAAGAAUCUGAUCCGAUAUGAGGACUAUACCGAAAUGAAUAAGCUCUGGAAAGGCUACAUGCUAGAGAUUUUGGGUACGACCAAUCACAUACCCACGAUGGUGAGCAAGCUUUCGAGCAGCGAAUUAAUUGGAUCAGAACUUGAAGUUAUUCAAAGCCGUUGCAUAAAUAAUAUAGGCACGAAAGGAAUUGUCAUUUGGGAAUCCCAACAAAACUUUGUGAUGGUGGUGCCACGACAAGCAAAUUGGAAGAAAGGUAUCAGUACGAUAAAGCCCGAGUUCACUUUGAAGGAGAGAAUCGGGGGAUUGAGGGUGAUAAGCAAGCGAAAUACGAAUUUCAAGCUACAGCUCGAAACUCAGGAGUCUUCGAUCACUUUUGAAAUCAUCGGAAAUAGGUUGCUCAUCAGAAGCACUGACCGUGCUACGCGAAGGUUUAAGAAUCAUUCGGUGAAAGACAUCGAUGUGUGA